CAAUAGCGGAUUCAAGUAUUUUGAAUGUUUACAGUUUGAUAAAUGGAAUGGAAAAAUAGUUAAUAGUAUUAUUAAAAUAUCAGGAUUGUUACGAGAUUUUUUUUACAACAAUUAGUUAAACAUUAAGCAAUGGAUAGUAUAAAACUCAGAUUACGUUUGAAUGGACAUGCAAGGUCUUAUUCCAUGAAGGAAAGAAGAUCCCUUGCGUUGAGCAGAGCUCGGAUGGUUGGGAGUCAACCUACUCUGUCCAACUACAGCCCAACUAAACUCGAACGACGGUAUACUUGGAAAGACGGCGAUAGACAAACUCAACCCACAAGUUCACCAGCUUCGGAUCUUGCCGCAAGACGAGGAGUUUUCAGCAGAAGGCACUAUGGUUCAGUGGAACUGCUAAAUUCAACUGACUGUGACCCUUCGCUUAAUGCCGGAAGGUUCAGACUUGAAACAGGUGAACGCUGUCAAGAAGAGCCUGUAAGUCCAUUAAAUAGUCCUGUUCAUCUAGAGAAUCCUGAAUUCCAAACAAGAUGGUACUUCAAAUACUUUCUUGGAAAAUUGCACCAGAACUAUGUCGGGAUAGACUUAGACAAAGACGUUUUCUUAUUGUCCGUUGUUGUCACUGACGCCAACAAUCACAAUGUCCCUCAAUAUAGAGCUAUACUCUGGACAAAAACCGUAAGUUACUGGACCACAUGA